UAGUUCAUAGCUUACGUGGGUCAAGAAAGAUAAGGUAUUCUACAUUCUACUUGGUACUGAAUAAAUAUGUACACGAACGAAAUGAAUACAGAUUCAGGCUGAUUGGACUGGCAGAUAAAAUGCGGAUAUUAAUACGCCUGCUAUUAGUAUGUUUCAUCGAUAAUGGAGUUGUUGCCCUCGAAUGCUUCAGCUGCCCGUCUGCACUCAAGGCCGACUCCUGUUCAACAAGACAACUAUGCGCACAAGGAGAGAUUUGUAUGUUGCGUCUAGGGCAACACGGCCAGACAAAAGAUUUGUAUUGGGAAACCAUGUGCUAUGAUAAAAAGACAUGUCUGGACGAGAUAUCUACAAACGGGAUGAUCGUAUCAGGAGGAAGGAAACGCUUUUCAGACUCGAAGUUUAUCGGUGGCGUUUGUAUAAUGCAAUGCUGCGACGAACCUCUAUGCAAUCGAGGAUGCAAUGAAACAGUAAUGCAGGAGACGUGGCCUCCUACGUCAAACUAUCCUACAACUGCGUCCAAUCCAUCUACAAUUCAGCUGAUAGUGCCAACAACCCCCGCCAACCCAGUUACCACGACAACCGUCAACGUCAUCAUACCAACUAAGCCAAGCGUAACCAACCCCCCUACUACGCCAUUAGCACCUACAAAGCCACCGACUCUCACGCCGACCAUCUCACCGUCUACCCUUGAAACAGCGACACCUACAACACAGACACCGGCCUAUUCACCGUCUACCCUUCAAACAGGGACGCCCACAACACAGGCAUCGACCUUCUCACCGUCUACCCUUGAAACAGCGACACCCUCAACACAGACACCGACUUUCUCACUGUCUACCCUCGAAACAGGGACGCCCACAACUAUAGUAACCACGGUUACGACCUUGGUCCAUAACACUUCGCACAGUUCUACUGAUGGAACAACGCAAACGUUGUCAACACAAACUCACCACUCAACCAAUCAACAGACCACUGGAACCACGUCGCCAACUACAACAACAUCAACAACGAAGACAACGACCACAACAUCAACACCACCAUCAGCAACAACAACAUCACCAACAAUAUCAACAACUAUACUAGCAUCAACAUCAACAACAGUAAUACCAGCAACAACAACAAUAACAUCAGCAGCGACAACAACCAAAGGCACAACAACACAGCCGUUUACCGCAUCUACCACGAAAACAACCGUAACACCACCGAUGCUAUCAACCACGGUGCAACACGUGUACAUGAAUCUUACAUGUCCGCGAGGUCUCGAGUCAUUCGAUACGUCUUGUUACGCGUUUGUGAAGCAUGAAAUGCCAUUUGACCAAGCUGUGGACUAUUGCAUGCAGAGGGGCGCCUAUUUGGUUCAAAUGAAUUCUCAGUCAGAAAAUGCGUUCCUUGUCGAACAUCUGAAACAUACCCAUGAAGGACCUGUUGUAUACUGGCUGGGCAUAUCAGACUUCCAGAGGGAGGGCCAUUGGCAGUACGUUGGGACAUCAGAGGAGGCAACGUUCACAGACUGGGCCCCAAAUGAGCCUGAUGACAAACACAAUCUCGAUGGAGACACGGACACGGCUGAUUGUGCCGUGCUUUCCCCGAAUCUUAACUGGAAAUGGCAGGAUUCUGGCUGUUCUAUAUAUGAGGUGGGGUCAACAAUAUGCGAACUGAGAAACCCAUCUCUUCCUUAGAUCAUGAUGGAAAGUUCGCAUUUUUGAUGUAAAACAACAAUACCUCAUCGUGAAUUUUGCAUUGCAUGUUCGAUUUAAAUAAUAAAGUUAAAACACA